AUGGCGGCUCAUCCCCUCCUCUCCUCCGCGCUUAUUCGUUGGCGUCUUCCCCCUGUAGCUGUAGGGGAAGGGAACCGCGUUCCCCGGCUGCGCCUGACGUCAGCACGCCCAGCUGCUCGAGCGGGCGGGAGGGUGAGGUCCCUGCGCGUGAGGUGCGAGCAGGGAGCCAAGGGCGGCGGCGCAGGCGGCGGUGGGCUGGACGUGUGGCUGAGCCGCGGCGCGAUGCUGGGCUUCGUCGGGGCGGUCACCGUGGAGCUGACCACUGGCAAAGGCGUGCUUCAGAACGUGGGAUUGACCGCGCCGCUGCCGACGCUGGCGCUGGCGCUCACCGGCGUGGUCGGCGUCCUCACGGCUUUCCUCAUCUUCCAAUCUAGCUCGCGGGACUGA